AUGCACGCCGAGCACCAUCACGAUCACCACGACAGCCCGGCGGCCGCGGCUGCUGCUGCUGCUGCUGCUGCCGUGAGCACGAGCACGUGGAACACGCGCAACCUGGCGCCCCGUGUGGCGUCGGACGCGGCGAGCGCCGGCACGGCCGCGCUGAUGGUGGCGCCGGUGAUCGCGACGAUCGACCGGGCCAUCAUGGAGAACGCGUCGGGCGCGCUGACGCUGGCGGGCUCGCUGCGGGCCUCGCUGGGGCUGCUGCUGCGGCAUCCGGGGCAGAUGCUGCUGGCGCGGCCGUGUCGCCUGAUCGCCCUGCUGUACGGCGGCACCUACCUGACCGUCAAUCUGCUCGACACGGCUACGGCUACGGCGACAGGUCGUCCGGCAAGUCACGUGACUGCCGGCGUGGCCAAGUUUGCCGCCUCUUCCUCGGCCAACGUCUCGCUCACGAUGUACAAGGACGCCGUGUUUGUGCGUCUGUUUGGGCCGCCCGGUGCUGCGCCGCGCGCCAUCCCGAUGGCCUCGUACGCCCUCUUCGCCGCCCGCGACAGCCUCACCACGUUCGCCUCCUUCAUCCUGCCCGCUCGUCUCGGCCCCGUCUUCAGCCGCCACCUGCUGCCCGACCCCGAGACCGCCGGCGUGCUCGGCCGCGCUUUCUCCUCCCACGUGUCCGGCCAGACGCUCGCCCAGUUCGCUGCGCCCGCUGCCAUGCAGGUCCUCUCGGCCCCCCUCCACCUCCUCGGCCUCGACCUCUACAACCGGCCGUCUGGCGCGGCUGGCGGUCUCAUCUCCGGCCGCAACCGUUGGGCUGCCAUCUGCAAGAACUGGUCCGUCACCGCGGCUGCUCGCAUCUCGCGCAUCAUCCCCGCCUACGGUGUCGGUGGCGUCGUCAACCUCAAGAUGCGCACCAACCUGAUGAAGCGCCUCGAGUAG